GAAACGGUCUUCAUUUCAAUCUUUCAUGAGAAUGGCGGUUACAAUGAGCCAGGAGCAGUUCAGCUCCCGCGUUAUGUCUAGCAAAAGCGACUCUCUCACCGGGCGUACCAAGAAGCUGACACGCUACAUCACCGUCGCUAUUCAUCCAAUUCAACUGCUUGUGAUAUGGACGUUGUUCUGUGUACCACUUUUAGCGAGGGGCCAGGCGUUCCCCAGUAACGGGCAGUAUUUUACGAAGGGCCUUGCUAUAAGUGACGCCCCAGCUCCAGGAAGCUCUCAACACGCAGGAAGUGACCUUGUUAUCGCCGUUGACCUUUCUGGGGAUGGCAAAAUAGAUCAGAGCUUGUUUAUUCCUGGUUCUGGGGCGCCGACGCGAUAUGACUCCCUAGAAAUAUACUUGGUCUCGGCGCAGGCUCGUUCAAACUUCACCGUUUCAAACGGGACAGGAUUCCUGGCACAGGAGCCUGGUAGUACAGUGAAGCAUCUUAACUGGCCUUUACCACCAUGCAUGUCUGCUGGCGUUUACAAUCUAACUUACUAUGAAGCUUCGCACAUAAAUAACCAGCCGUUCUUUUCAAUUACUUCCAUCAACGUCACGGUUGACAAUAACCACAAGAGCGCCGAUUCAACGCAAUGCGAUAGCCUCUCCAAUCCACUUCAAGACCAACCACAACCCGACUCGGCCCCGGCAAUCAAUCCUUAUUUAGACCCUCAAUCAGGACUUACUAUGUCAGGCCUUUCGGACGGGAAUAUACCGACGAUUACUGUCGGCUCGUCAGGCCUACCGACGCAAUGGACCAUCGAGCCUAGCGGAACCGGUACUGGACCAAUUACUACCGCAACGAUGGUGGUACUCUCAACCACAACUCAGACCGAAACGGUCACGAACGGACAAACGUCUGUCUUUACAACUACGUAA